AUAACCCCUUCUGGACUCAUCUUCCUCUUUCUUCGUUGCUGAAUCUUGACCCGACCGGAACUCCGACUGCAAUUGCCCCCAAGUUCUCGUUUCUUUCUCCGAAUUGGCCCCCUCCAUUGGCCCCGCAACUUGGAUCCAUGAAUCCUCUAUCAUCAAAGAGGAGGAACUGCGAGAAAUGGCAGAAUUCCUCGGCAAAGGCUUCCGGAUUCACCAUCCUGAUGCUGUCGGGGGGAUCAGUCUAACUCAUAAUCGGGAUCCCCAGAAAUACAUGGUCAUGCAUUACCAUUCAGUGGGGAAUGGGUUCAGGCUGCCCCUUCAUGGUUUGGUUCGCUACAUCUGCCAGACCUUCGAAUUCCCCCUGGUCAACUCCCCGCCAACUGCUGCUGCUCCCCAAGGGAUGGAGAAAGAGGUUGGGGGAAAGAAGGAACCGAAGGAGCAGCAUUCCACCACAGCAAUCUCCCCAUCUUGUGUAGGUUCACGCCGCAAACGUAUCCUGUCUUCAGGGAGGGUUGGGCAGACCCAACAAUCACUCCUCACUCUGACUGAGGAGUACCUGGGUGGAGCAUGGGGAAAAUAUCGAGCUAUGGAGGUCCUAAAGGAUAAGGUGUUGGCCGCCAGAGCUCUGCAACUUAAGGUUGGUUCCCUCGAGCAGCAAGUCCACGCCCUACAAGAGGAGAAUGCCAGGCUCAAAGCAGAUGCCUCAGCGGAACUGCUGGCUGAGAGGUCCAGGGUCAAGUCCAUGCAAGAGCAGAUUGUUACCUACCAAGGAAGUACCCAGGACCUGGAGGCACAGUUUGACAAACUCCGGGGGCAAAUCUCCUGUCUGGAGUCGAAAGUCUCUACCCUGGAAGGCAAAGAGGGCAGUGUGAAAGAUGAACUGGUUGAAAGGGAAUCCCGGAUCUCAGAGUUGGAGAAAUCACUCCAUGAGGCCAAGCAAGAGGGUGCCCACUUUAGUGAGGUCAUGUUGAAACACAUGGGGUUGAAACGGGAAGCCCUCCAGAAGCUGGAGAAUGAGAGAAAGAUUGCCAAUGAGCUCCGGUUGAAGGUGGGAGAACUGGAGAAGACAGUGGCUUCCCAUCAAGGAGAGGUGGCCACCUUGACCGCCCGUGCAGAGGCCCUCUACGAAGAAGGGAAAUUUGACAUGCAGUUUUGCAUUUACGAGGCGGUCCGGAGUGGUCUUCCGGCUCACCAGACCUUGAAUGAUUUCAUUUCAUACUACGGCUUGCCUCUUCCCCUUCCUCCCCCAGACUCUCGUGCCAACCCGGGACCUUGGUUUUCUCCUUCUCCAACAGUUGCUAUAUUUUACUUUGUAAUAUUUUAGUUGUAUCAACAUGGUGAUGCUUGUAGCAUUUUAUCCUUUGUCAAUAUCUCGUUUGUACUUACAUCCUAGUAGAUUCCUUUCUUUGGGCUAACUGUUUUCCUCUUGGAAUUUUCAUCCUGCUUUGGGACUUAGCAAAAUUCUUACCUGCUUUAAGACUUGGG